CUCUGUGGUCAUGUAGGGUGAUCAGGCUCCUGAAAUGAUUUCACUUUGCUCUGGUCUGAGAUUAGUUUCGGUUUCAGGCUGUACCCACAGCUGGGAGAGAGCUAGUGAGCUCCAGGGAGGGUCAGCUGGGGGAGUUUCACCAUUGGCUGUGUCAGCUGAUGGCAAGGUGUGUGAACAGGGAACUCAUGUGUUGAGCAGAGAGAGGAAGAAGAUGCGUCCGAGAUGGAGUUGGGGAAGGCAGCACUUGCGUGUUUGUGUGUCCAGAGACCGGGCUGGUGAUGAUGAGCAGGAGGGAGCGUAUGAAGAUAUCAGAUGUGCAAAGGACAAAACCCCCACCCAAUUACAGGACCACUGAGCCUCGGGCUAGGGAAGUCUUAAAACAGAUUGCCUGGGCCGGGUGGAUUUUCCCUGAGCAGGUGUACACCUGAAAGGAAAGCAAGUGUGAGCAUGCCACAGAGUCAACAUACUUCUUGUACUGGCAUUCUUAAGAUCAGCCUCUACGGUGCAGCAUUUUCUUGCAUAUGAGUUUCCUUUAAAAAAAGAAAGUCAAAUUAAAGUUUGAGAACUGAUAGUUGCGAACUUGCAGACCUUUGCAUGUUGGUGGAUCCUCUGAGAACUUCAAGCUGUCAUUUUUCCUGAGACGGCUUGAGGCCAGUCUGAUUGGUUCACAGGACAUCAUUACCCUAGAAAAUCAGCAGUUUUCCUCCCCUGACUGGUUCUGGGUGAGGCAUACACAGAUGUUUCCUUCCCUCAGCAGUACUAGAGCAUCAUUACAUUUUAUUUCUCAAAGUUAUAAAUUCAUUUUAUUUUGAAAAGAGAAUCACUGAAUUUUACAGCUGGAAAGGAUUCUGAAGACUGCUUGCUUGGUUGGCUCCUGGAGGAAUCUGAGGUUGUGGGUCGUUAAGUGCUUUGACAAGACCAAUGGUGGGACCAUCCGUGAAGCCGGUGCCAGGAUGCACCGGGGGUGUGGAUGACCGGCCGCCCAGCCCCAGCACGGCCCGGUCCCGCAUGCCACCGCCCCGCGAGGACCGCUCUCCAAGGGCCGCCCGGGGCCCCGCGCCUGUACUCUCCUAACCCGGAGCUCUCGGCAGCCCAUUGCUGCCUGGCUACCCGGGGCGGAGGAGGCGCAGGAGUGAGCUGCCCGAGACCGCAGGGCAAGCAAGCGGCUGACGGCGGAAAGACCCUGGGGAAGGGGCUUUGCAGCCGGCUAGAAACAUUUUCCCCAAGCGGCUCCGCAAAAUGACCAGCCUGUUCCGCCGGAGCAGCAGCGGCAGCGGCAGCGGCGGGGGUGGCACCGCCGGGGCGCGUGGGGGCGGGGGAGGCACGGCCGCCCCCCAGGAGCUCAACAACAGCCGGCCUGCCCGCCAGGUGCGCCGCCUGGAGUUCAACCAGGCCAUGGACGACUUCAAGACCAUGUUCCCCAACAUGGAUUACGACAUCAUCGAAUGCGUGCUGCGCGCCAACAGCGGCGCUGUGGACGCCACCAUCGACCAGCUGCUGCAGAUGAACCUGGAGGGCGGUGGCGGCGGCGGCGGCGUCUAUGAGGACAGCUCCGACUCGGAGGACAGCAUCCCCCCGGAGAUCUUGGAAAGGACUUUGGAACCCGAUAGCUCGGAUGAAGAGCCCCCGCCUGUGUACUCCCCACCAGCCUACCACAUGCACGUGUUCGACCGGCCCUACCCUCUGGCUCCCCCGACUCCGCCUCCCCGUAUCGACGCGCUGGGCUCUGGAGCCCCUACAAGCCAGAGACGCUAUCGGAACUGGAACCCACCACUGCUGGGCAACCUCCCGGAUGACUUUCUCCGCAUCCUGCCCCAGCAGCUGGACAGCAUACAGGGUAACGCUGGGGGCCCCAAGCCUGGGAGUGGAGAGGGAGGUCCAUCUGCCAUGGCUGAGCCAGGGCCCCGAGACCAGGAGAGCCGCUGGAAGCAGUACCUGGAGGACGAGAGGAUCGCGCUUUUCCUGCAGAACGAGGAGUUCAUGAAGGAGCUGCAACGGAACCGCGACUUCCUCCUCGCUCUGGAGAGAGAUCGAUUGAAAUACGAAUCCCAGAAAUCUAAAUCCAGCAGCGUGGCUGUCGGAAACGACUUUGGCUUUCCCUCUCCUGUCCCAGGAACUGGCGACGCCAACCCCGCUGUGUCUGAAGAUGCCUUAUUCAGGGACAAGCUGAAACACAUGGGAAAGUCCACCCGGAGGAAACUGUUUGAACUUGCCCGAGCCUUCUCAGAGAAGACCAAAAUGAGGAAGUCAAAGAGGAAACACUUGUUGAAGCAUCAGUCGCUGGGGGCUGCCGCGUCAACAGCCAACCUCCUGGAUGAUGUGGAGGGCCACGCGUGUGAUGAAGACUUCCGGGGCAGGCGUCAGGAGGCACCCAAGGUGGAGGAAGGCCUGCGAGAAGGACAGUAAGAGAUGCCAGCAGCUCUUCCUUGCCAGAGAUGAUCUGACCCGGUGGGGGCAGCUGGAAAGCAACACUGGCCCCCAGCUGAAGGGCCCAGCUGCAGCCAGACAGAUGGUGCUUGAGAACCGAGGCCCAGUGAUCCUCCAGCCACAGUCCAGCCCAACCACUGCCACUUUCCAUGGGACUUAGAACUUCGGAGUUGCUGCCUUGCAAUUGGAGGAAGGACCUGGGGCCCCUAUAGGCAGCAGCCAAUUACAGCCCCUUUUGUAGCCAGGCGUUCCUAUGGUCAAAGAGUGGAAAUGCAGGAACCAACCUCCCUUUAAAAAAAAAAAAAAUCCAGAAAGCAGAUAAAAGUUGGAAUAUGGAAAAGGGCAAGAUGACCCCACCAGAGGCUCUUUGGCCUGAAGGUGGAGUCUCUGCCUCCCUCCGUUCUCUAUCUCUCCUGUCACAGACUCUGCCUGACCCCCCUUCCUCAGCUCCCUUCUGGUCCCCCUUCCUCAGCUCCCUCCGGGCACUUGUGCCCCUCCCUUCGAUGGCCUCCUGUAUCUCAGCCUUCCCCCCGGGGCUGCUGGCCCAGCACACGAGCCCUGCACCCAGCCUGGGUGGGAGGUCCCUGGCCAGUCCCCCAGGAACUCUGAGGAGCUAUGGGCUACUGCACAGCAUCUGCCAACUGCCCUGCCCCGUCUGGCCUCAUCAGGCUGCUGCUGUUAGGGAUGGGCUCACUCCCAGCAGUUCCCCAUCACCCAGCGGGGAUGGGGAGGGUGGCCACCCUGGAGCUGGAGGACUCUGGGGAGGCAGGGUCUUUAAUUUGGCAGCAGACAAAAGCCAGUUCUGGAGUCACACCACAGUAGGGGCUCACAGGGGCUCUGACUCCCCAGCUGGACUGGAAGCCCUGCUGUCCGAGGGUGGGCAGCGGUGGGUCCUGGAGUGACCCCUUUGAGCAGGUACAUGGCUAAAGAGCAAGGCGGAAAGGCCGCCAGCCUGGGUGGGAGCGCCUAGGGCAGAAGGGCUUGCUGGGUGCCCUGAGAAGGGCGGGUGAUCUGAGGAGGAGAACUCUGAUUCUAGGAACGCUUACACGGCACUGACCACUGCCACGGGGAGGGAGGCUGCCCAGCCCGUGGCCCCGCCCUGGACAUGGGAGGGCGCAGACCUUCCGGAGAGCCGGGAAGCCUGGGCAGGCACGAGGCUUCGGCGCGGCUUUGGGAGGUUGGGAGUGGCAUCCGAUCCUUGGCCGGGCCCUGGUGGCCUCCGUGGCCCCAAGAUCACAAGGGCGUAGCGAAGGCGAGCCGGCGAUCGCACCUCGUCCCGCCCACCCUGCCCGGACUCGCAACGCCGAGCUGGGGGAGGGCCGGGACGCGCAGCCGCCGCCGAGCGUGACCAAGUUUGGAAACGCGCGCGGGGCCAGGACGCUGGCUCGGGGGGCCCUGCCGAGGAGCGGCCGCCCCCUCCGCUGCUCCCCGCGCCAGGCCUGGGGCCCUGGAGGCGAGGGGGGGGGUCUCCGAGGAGUGCCUCGGUCCCCCAGCUCGAGUUCCCGACGGGUCUCUGAGCCUUCCCCGCGCCAGGACUCGGCGCACUGUGGGGGAAGCCCCAGCCCCACGUCUGUUGAGUGUUGCUUUGUAUUUUUUUUCCUCCUAUGUGUGGGUUUUUUCUUGGAGCUGUUUCAUAGGAAUUCCUGUAAUAAAGAGUUGGUGUUCGCUUGGU